UUUUUCAAAUAUUUUUUUACCCAUUUAUCCCCCUAUUCAAACUGCGAUCCAUUCAAGACUUUACUGUCAAUAGUGCUAAUCUUUUUUUUUGUCAGCCUAGUAGUGAACAUACUUCUCCGAUACAACAGGUGGCGCUGUCAUCUUAAGAGUUGACAGAGUCCUUCCAAAGCGGAAGUUGUCACAAACAUGGCGUCUGGCAGCGGAUCGAGUAAGAGUGACUUCCGUCGGAAGUGGGACAAAGACGAAUAUGAGAAUCUUGCUCAGAAACGUCUCGCUGAGGAGCGAGACAAAGAGGCGAGAGAUGGCAAAAUUGCACCACCGGUCAAACGUGAGAUGCUACGUCAUCGCGACUACAAAGUGGAUCUGGAGUCCAAACUGGGGAAGACCAUUGUCAUCACCAAGACGACCCCACAGGCUGAAAUGGGCGGCUACUACUGCAACGUGUGUGACUGUGUGGUGAAAGACUCCAUCAACUUCCUAGAUCACAUCAACGGCAAGAAACAUCAGAGGAACCUUGGUAUGUCGAUGAGGGUGGAGCGCUCAUCCCUGGACCAAGUCAAGAAGCGUUUUGAGGUGAACAAGAAGAAGUUGGAGGAGAAGCAGAAGGAGUAUGACUUUGAGGAGCGCUUGAAGGAGCUGCGAGAAGAGGAGGAGAAGGCAAAGGCUUACAAGAAGGAGAAACAGAAAGAGAGGAAGCGUCGGGCUGAGGAGGACGCGGACUUCGAGGAGGAUGACGAGAUGGCGGCCGUCAUGGGCUUCUCUGGGUUUGGUUCAUCUAAGAAGAGUCACUGACACGAGGGACCUCAUGACUGUAGACCACGGCAUAGCUGGUAAUAGUUAUUAUCAGUUCUUGUUUAGCUCCACCCCCUACUGUACCAGGAGGUUUGAGCCCUAAACGAGAUGGGAGACGGAGGACGACUAGUGUCCUGCUGCACCAACAGCAGCGUGAGAAUUCUCCCCUUUUGUUGUGACCACAUUCAUUGUUUUACGAGUCUGAUCCAUCACAGCUCAGUUUUUGUUAUUUUUAGAAUAUCGACUCGUUUGCAGAUGAAUGGAAAUGCAACCAAAAUUCAAUGGAAUCUUUUAACAUUACUUUUGAUCUUGAUAGCGUCAUAGCUUUACGUUUGUCAUGUUCUCAUAAUAAUGCAUAAAUGGAUUCCUCAACGUUAUUUUUUGUCUUCAUGGAACAACAUUGCUGUAUAUUGUCAGGUUUUUAUCCGUUGGAAGCAAUUUUGAUUUUAAUAAAACAGAUUUUGUUUUUUUU